CUUUUCUGAGUAAUGACUGAGUUGCCAUUUUGUCCAAUGGUAAAACUCACUCUAAAUCCGCGUACUCAGGGCACAAUAUUCAUGAGAAAGGAAGACAUCCAGGCCCCAACAAUGUUUCCUUUGUCUGACUCAUCGAUGAAGUAUGUCAGCCUGGUGACUUUGACUGUGCAAAAUGCGCUGCUUGGGCUGUGCACGCGCUACGUUCGCACCAGGCCCGGUGACAUGUUUUUAUCCACUUCUGCUGUACUGAUGGGUGAAUUGGUAAAGCUCUUCACAUGUAUCGCCAUCCUGAUCGUCACGGAGCGCUCACUGGAUCGCGCUUGGUAUGCCAUCAAGACGCAGAUCCUCCAGAACAAGAUAGACACACUGAAGGUUGGCGUACCAAGUCUCAUCUACACCAUUCAGAACAACCUACUGUACAUAGCUGCUUCGAACCUGGAUGCUGCCACCUACCAGGUGACGUACCAGCUGAAGAUCCUGACGACGGCGAUAUUCGCGGUGACGCUGCUGCGCCGCUCGCUGCGGCCGCUUCAGUGGGUGGCGCUGCUGGUGCUCCUGGUCGGUGUGGCGCUCGUGCAGCUGGCCCAGUCUGUGCCGGGAGGAGCCGAGGCGGCCGCCGCCGCCGGACAGAGUCCCCUGCUCGGCUUCUGCGCGGCCCUCGCCGCCUGCUUCCUCUCCGGGUUCGCCGGCAUCUACUUUGAGAAGAUCCUGAAGGGCUCCAAUGUGAGCGUGUGGAUCCGUAACGUGCAGCUGAGCUCUCUGUCGCUGCCGCUGGCCUUGCUGACGGGCCUGCUCACUGACGGGGAAGUGAUCGCUGCCAAGGGUCUGCUCUUCGGAUUCGACGCCUGGGUGUGGUUCGUCGUCAUGCAGAACGCCAUGGGAGGCCUCCUGGUUGCCGUCGUGGUCAAGUACGCCGACAACAUCCUCAAGGGCUUCGCCACCUCUCUGGCCAUCAUCAUCUCAUGCAUCGUGUCCAUCUACUUGUUCGACUUCCAGCUGACGGCGCAGUUCGCGCUGGGCACUGCGCUGGUGCUCCUGGCCGUGUUCAUGUACAGCUACCAGCCGAAGGAAGCCGCGGCUCCGCUCACCACCGUCUCCAGCAAGGUUUGAACACCGGCCAGUCCAAAGACGAACGGAUCAUUCCGUUGAUUCCCAGCCGACGAAACAGACUUCGUCAGCAUAUACAUUUUAUGUGGCAUUAUGAUUCAAGCUCAUUUGUUCUGUCUGAGGCCAUGUUCUUUUUUAUAGUUAGCGCUCAGGUUGUUGGGGUGUAAGGGUGUUUACUUUACUGGCCAACUCUCCUAGUCCGUCCUUGGCCAUUAUUGUGUUUAUAUUUUUCUUCACUGUGUCUGGUGCUGGGAAUGGGUCUGGUAACGCGGCUUGUGCCAGUGAGUGAUGUGCCGUACGUUUUCUGAGACGGUAUUCGAUGUUUCUCCUUCAGAUGGCCUGACUGAGCGUGAGAAGGCGGCUCCUGACCGUGCUGCCGGCUCGGGCCCUAUGAAAGAGCCCAUUUGUAGUGGUUUUCGGCGACGGACGCUUGGCCGCCGAUAGCUGAUAUGCCCUGCGUCCGAUGCGCUACUGACAUAGUGUACUGCUGACGGGUAGCGUGUUGUGGGCACGGGCUGACAACCAAUCCAGGGACACUGUCGACUUAGAGCCCAAAGGUGUGCUUUAAUGACAGGUGAACUAUGAUACGGUCCUUUUGUAGGAUCGUUCUUGUUACUUAAAUUUUAAGACCUAAUUAAGAUAUUGGCCGCACACUUUUUGUUGUCAAUACAAGUUUAUGUGUGAUC